CCAAUUCAUUAAAGCAUACAAUGUUUAUAUCAAAGAGAUAAACCAGGGAUUCUCAUGGCUUUUUCCUUCAACUUGACAAUCUCCCCUUUCUUCCUCUCUCCAAUUCCCUUCAUUAAUCCUCCCUUACCCCGUUUUCCGAUUCGCGUUAAUGGGGCUUCCCAAUUCAACAGAAUCGCUGCACCAUCAUCAAUUGUCCGAGCUUUCAAAGAGUGGAAGGAAUAUGAACAAGCUGUAAAAGAGAAGGACCUUGCUAAAGCACUCAAGUUCUUAAAGUCCAUUGAUGGUGGAAUUCGCAUUCAAUCCAAUGAGUCUGAUUCCGGGGCUUCGAUUCCGACUCGUUCCCAAUUGGGUUUUCCUUUGUUGGACAGAGAUUGGGAGGUUCUUGAUACUUGCUUGAAUGCAACUGAUAUGAGGCUUGUUAGUAGUGCUUAUGUCUUUCUCCAAGAUAGAGGGAUGUUACCCAAUUUUGGGAAAUGCAGAAAUCUUGUUCUGGAAGGACCGCGAGAUGUUACUCCAACAAUUCUGAAGUCUUCGACUGGCUUAGAAGUGUCCAAACUUUCUCCAAAAAAAUGGGGUAUCAGUGGAGCUUCCAGUGCUGUUCUAUUUACCUUUUUUGGUGGCGUGUCUCUUUUGCUCUCCCAAGGAAUAGAUUUGAGGCCCAAUUUAGCAGCGAUUUUAGGAUUAGCUGUAGCAGACUCUCUUUUUCUUGGUGGUUCUUGUCUUGCACAGAUUUCUAGCUAUUGGCCUCCAUUUAAGCGUCGCAUCCUUGUUCAUGAAGCAGGGCACCUUUUGACUGCGUAUCUUAUGGGCUGCCCCAUCCGAGGGGUCGUUUUAGAACCAAUUGUGGCAAUGCAGAUGGGCAUUCAAGGGCAGGCAGGGACCCAAUUUUGGGAUGAGAAAUUGGAGAAUGAGCUUGCUGGAGGACGACUUAGCAGUACUGCUUUUGACAGGUACUGCAUGGUGCUAUUCGCUGGUAUUGCAGCAGAAGCUCUUGUCUAUGGUGAAGCUGAGGGUGGAGAAAAUGAUGAGAAUCUAUUCAGAAGUAUCUGUGUACUUCUGCAACCUCCUUUAAGUACUCCGCAGAUGUCAAAUCAAGCAAGAUGGGCAGUUUUGCAGUCGUAUAAUUUGCUUAAGUGGCAUAAGCAGGCUCACAAGGAAGCUGUUAAAGCUCUUGAGCGUGGUGGCAGCCUUAGCAGUGUAAUAAGGAGCAUUGAGGAAGCAUUGUCUUCAGAGGGAUGAUAUUGGUUGUAAUAUCAUGUUCAUCCUCUUCAAAUGAAAGGCCUCACAUUGAGAUCUUUGCACUGUCUUCUAGUAGUCUGCCAAAAACCACCCUGGUCUAGCAGGGAUCGUGUUUCAUUCGUCUUACAAUAUAUAUCUACCUCACUCAGUUUCAAUGGUGGUAUGGUCAUACUAUAUAUUGAGAUGCAAAUCCUGAUCAUCGUUGCUCUCUCUCUUCAAUAUACCUCAAGAGGUUGAGUUGGCCAUCUUUAUUCUCCUGAUGGUCAAAAUUUGCACGUCUUGUGAAGUUUGUUGGUCAAUUCUCCAACCAUGCAAAGCUGUUUAGCUUGCUUUACUACCAUGCCUGCUAGUGUACAGUUAUUAUAUCUAAUUGAAUCAUACAAAUGUAAUGCAUAAUUUUAGCGCCGCAUUACCAUUACACUAUUGUAUGGCUUACAUCUAAAAGUUGUCCAACUUUUAGAAUUGGCUUUGUAUAUUACUCAUGGCCAAGUCAAGGAGCAUGAUAUUGUAUUACAAAAUGAAUGAAUCAUGUACAUCUCAUAUAUUAUAGGAUGUAAAGUCCUUCAUUAUUUUUAUUCUAUAUACAACUUUAUUCUUCAAUUAUUGAAGGUUUUUUA